AUGUGUGAAAGGGAACGCAAGGCAUGUCUAUCUCUCGCUAACGAGUGCAUCAGCGAUAUCUGUGAUCAAAAACUCGACAAACACGUGGAGCGAUGCAAGAUCCGCCCUCUACCAGCUGGAAUGAUUAACACCUCUGAGGCCAUCGUGGCAUUUAUCUGCUGGUUGCCUAUCACACUCUCCAUUACUUGGGGUACAUUGGGUCCGGCCGUCACAGCGGGCUUCAUUCCAGUAUGGGUGCUGAGCACAAUCUACCCAUUCAUGAAGCGCAUCAUGCCAUUCCCACAAGUCGUUCUUGGGGCGAUAAUUGGUGGUGCCGUAUUUCCUGGAUGGGUGGGAAUUACUGGAGAUCUGAAGAAUCUGGACCAGGCACUUCCUCUGUUCUUCGCCACAGCGGCAUGGGUUGUCUACUUUGAUGUCUUCUAUGCGACACAGGAUCGCCCGGACGACGAGAAGAUAGGUGUGAAAUCACUCGCCGUGCUGAUGGGGAACAAUGUCCAGCUUCUGCUAGCGGUCCUCGGGGCUCUGCAGGUACUGCUAUUUGCUGUCACCGCGCUACGGGCGGAUAUGUCGCUCAUCUUUUGGGUGAUGGGACUCGGUGUAUGGAUGGUGAGUAUGCCAUGGCAUAUAUUGUCAUUGGAUCUAACUGAUCGACGCUCGGGUGGCCGAAUUUUCAAGUCGAAUAUUAAGCUGGGCUUAUAUUUGACAGGGGUUUCCUUGUUGGAGCUGUUUGUGGUGCGAGUUUAUCACGUUUCCCUGGCAAACAUGAUGCUGGAGCUGCAUUAG